CGCCCACCCGGCGGAUACGGAAAUCGAGCGUCCCGGUAAAGGCGUAUUUACAUGUUGGUAAAAGCUGCCGUCCAUCUCCUGUUGCAGUCUGACACUAAACAGAGACGCGCAGUAAAUCUGCAACGUACAUCGCGUUAGAAAGAUCUGUCUCACUGAAGUCCGGGGCUAUUCAGUACACGGAAGCCCAGGUCUACCUACGCGCCUGGACAUACCUUGCAUUAAUACGUGCGCAUGAGCAUUAGCGCAUUAGCCUUGUUACUUCGAGCCGUCAAGUCAGCAUACGGACGAGAAAAACGGUCCAAUGGAGAACUGCUGUGGUCUACUCACUGACCAGAAGGAACCAGUUCCUCUGAAGAGCAUUGAAGUUCAGCUGGAGGUGAAGGACCAUGUGGCUGCAGUGGUCUCCACUCUGAACUAUGAGAACAAGGAGGACAAACCACUAGAGGCUGUUUUUGUCUUCCCUCUGCCUGGAGAUGCUGCUGUGUGUCAUUUCAGUGCUCAGAUUGGAGAGACGCACAUUGUAGCUGAGGUGAAGGAGAAACAGCAGGCUCAGGAGGAGUAUGAUGAUGCUCUGAGCUCCGGUCAGCAGGCCUUCCUGUUGGAGGAGAGUGAUCAGAGUCCAGAUAUCUUCUCUCUGAGGGUGGGCAGCCUGCCUCCAGGAGAGAGCGCCUCCAUCAGGUUGGAGUAUGUCACUGAGCUGGCUGUGGAGGCUGAUGAUGGACUGAGGUUCUGUCUGCCUGCUGUCCUCAACCCUCGAUACCAACCUCAGGGUAGUGAAGGUCCCAGUGUCCAGGUGAUCUCAGUUCCAGCCUCUCUGGUGCCCUACAGUCUGUCCUUUUCUGCCCGAGUGUCCUCUCCUCGUCCAAUCUCUAAAGUAGAGUCCAGCUGCUCCCUGGAUCCUCUUCAGUACCUCAACACUGAUCAGACUCAGGCCACGGUUAAGUUGGCUGCUGGACACAAGUUUGACAGAGACGUUGAACUGCUGAUUUAUUACAAAGACGCCCACCAGCCCACUGCUGUGGUGGAGGCAGGACAGGCCUCUGCUAAACCUGGCUCUCUGAUGGGGGAUCCAGUGGUGAUGGUGAGCCUGUACCCUGAGUUCCCCCAGUCUGUGAUGUCCUUACUCGCCUCCUGUGGAGAGUUUGUGUUCUUGAUGGAUCGAUCAGGAAGUAUGGGCUGUCCCAUGAACAACAGCAAACCGCAAGAAACCCGGAUUAGCAGUGCAAGGGACACUCUGCUGCUCCUGUUGAAGAGCUUACCAAUGGGCUGCUACUUCAACAUCUACAGUUUUGGAUCCACGUUUGAACACAUCUUUCCUACAAGUGUGGAGUACAAUGAGAAGACCAUGGAGGAGGCUCUGAAGAAGGUUGAAAAGAUGGAGGAUGACCUUGGAGGAACAGAGAUUCUUCGGCCUCUUGAACACAUUUACAGCCAGCCCUGCAUUCCCAACCAGCCUCGACAGCUGUUUGUCUUCACUGAUGGAGAGGUGGGAAACACUAAAGAAGUUACUGAUCUUGUUAAGAUGAAUGCGGGCUCCCACAGGUGUUUCUCCUUUGGGAUUGGAGAAGGAGCCAGCUCUGCUCUCAUCAAUGGGAUGGCCAAAGAGGGAGGAGGUCAUGCUCAGUUCAUCACUGGGACUGACAGGAUGCAACCAAAAGUGAUGCAGUCGCUUAGGUUUGCAUUGCAGCCAGCUGUGGAGGACAUUUCUGUUUCUUGGGAUUUACCAAAGGGAGUGACCGCCACCAUUCUGUCUCCACCCAUUACAGCUAUUUUUCAGGGUCAGAGGUCACUGAUUUAUGCUCAACUUGCUAGACAGAGUUCAGAGGCAACAGAUGGCAGUGUGACAGUGAAGUACAGCCUGGCAGGUCAUCCCUCUCAGAACCAGCUGCACUUCAAUCUCAAACCUGCAGAGGACUCUGGAUUAACUGUCCACAGGUUGGCUGCUCGCACUGUGAUUCGCUCACUGGAGUCGGAGCAAAGGACAGGCGGAGAACAACAAGAUGAAGAAAUGAAGAAGAAGGUGGUGGAGUUGAGUGUCCAAUCAGGAGUGAGUAGCUCCUUCACUGCCUUCAUUGCUGUCAACAAAGACGGAGGCAAAGCAGUUCAAGGACCUCUGAUGCGGAGGAACAUCCCAACACCUUAUUUAGGUGGUGAGCUUUUUUUUGUGUCCUCGAUGGAUUUGUCAGGAUCUAGAGCUUACAUUGCUAUGCCGGACUGUCAAUUGUCUUCAAAUGCAGAAAUGAUGGAUUAUCUUUCCAGCGAUGGACAACCUAAUGUUUAUCAAAGUAUACAUGAAUCAUAUGAGGAAGAAGACCCUCUGCCCGAAUUCCUGCUAUAUCAUAAAGACCCUCUGCUGCAGCUGGUCUCCCUGCAGAGGGCCUCUGGCUGCUGGCUGCUUGAUGCAGAUCUGGCUGCUGUACUGAAAAAGACCAGCGAGGAAGUAGAAAAGGAAAAGCCAGCAUCGGUCAACAGUGAAGUGUGGGCCUCCAUUCUGGCUCUGAUCUGGCUUCAUGGUUUUAAGAUGGAUGCAAAGGAGGAGUGGGAGCUUCUGACUCUGAAGGCUGCAUCAUGGAUUAAAGCUCAAAAUGCUCCAUUUGUGUCAGAGUGUGUUGAAGCUGGCAAUACACUGUUGGGUUGCAGUGUCAAGAAGGAAGAUCUGGGUCUCUGAGGUUUUUCCAUGAACAGUCUUAAGCUUCACUAUAGAACUUAUCUUUUUGCAGCAUCUACUCAUGUAUCUGCCAGCGUGCCUUGUGAUAUUUGCACUGUAUGCAUAAAAAAGUAGCUGUGAAGCAACACAUAAAAGCUAUAAGUUUAUAACUUUCAGCAUAUGCAUUUUAACCAGUUUUACUGAAACAAUAUGUAUUCAAUAAAUGAGAAGCUGUAUGCAAAUAAAGAGACCACUAAAUGCUU